AUGCAGUUAAUUCAGCGUGGAUUAGGCCAUGAAGAACCCAUCGGCAUAUGGGUUACCCACGGAUCACACCAAGUUAUUGCACAACUAGCCAUCAUCUACAUGGGCGGCACUUGCGUUCCGCUAGACCCGGACCGACCUCGGCCGGACACGCAGACACAGUUACAAGUGGCCGGUGUUAAGAACAUGGUCGUUGAUGAUGCGUUUCAACAUCGGCAUCUACCCGUAACAAAGAUCCCGCUGUUACAAAGCCCCGAUGGGGGGCACACGGCAGGCAAUGCAGCAACUCUCCCAGUGGAAACCAAGGCCGAUUUCCGUUCCCACAUUCUCUUCACCUCGGGCACCACUGGUACCCCGAAGGCUGUUGAAAUCCUAGCCCGUGGUAUCGUGAGGCUUGCACGCGACCCUGUCUACGGCCCGCGGUCCUCGGACACAGUUGGCCAUCUUGGCAACCCUUGUUUUGACCUCUCGCUCAUGGACAUAUGGGCGUCACUACUCAAUGGCUCAACAAUUGCGGCGUUGGAUAGGCGUGAGGCUUUGCUUCCGAAAAGUCUAGACCGUAUGCUCAAGGAGAAUCACGUCACAUAUCUGUUUAUGCCGACUGCUAUCUUCCAUAUUGUUGCCCCCGAUGAAGGAAACGUGUUUCUCACGGGUGCUACGGGCUUCGUUGGCGCGCAUUUACUCGUCAAUUUGCUACAAUGCCCUCAAGUAAGGUCGGUAUGCUGUCUCGUCCGUUCCGACUCGCACGCAUCAGCCCGCAAAAAGAUGGGCAGAAAUCUCGAAAAAUACCACCUGCAACAUCUUGCUACUGAAUUCGAGUCAAAGAUCAAGAUUCUCCUGGGAGAUUUUUCCAAGCCACGACUUGGAUUGAGUGAGCCGGCCUUCUUGGCUCUUGCGGAAAGCACAAGUGUUGUAUUUCAUCUCGGUGCCCAGAUUAAUUACAACGAGCCGUACCUGGCCAACCGCGCUGCGAAUAUGACGGGGGUCUUGAACAUGAUCCAGUUGGCCGUCGCGUCGCGACCAAAGGCACUACACUACGCGUCGAGCAUGGCUGCCUUUGGACCAACUGGCCUGGUGGCGGACAAAGUAGGGGAACUCACGGAAGAUGCACCUUUGCAACCGUAUCUCGAUACAACGGUUGCAUACGAGACGGGCUACGGCCAGAGUCAAUGGGUCUCGGACGAGAUGCUUUGCCAGUUGAUGAAGCGAGGUUUCCCGGCCGCCGUGUAUCGCAUGGGUGCUGUCGUGUGCAAUAGCAAGGACGGCGUAGGGAACCCGGAUGAUUUUCUGAGCCGGCUUACAGCAGACUGCUUCCGUUUAGGGAUAUAUCCCCAUCUUCCGGACCAGCGUAAGGAAAUGAUACCGGUCGACUAUGUCGCUCCAGCAAUGAGAAUGAUGGUCAUGUCCAAUAGGAAUCUUGGCAAGGUAUAUCACCUUACCCCUGGUGUUCGAGAAAAUAUAUCCGUCAACGAGUACUUUCGAAUCGCACAGCAGCACACCGGCAUCGCCCUGUCUGCCUUAGCAUAUGGAGAUUGGGUACACGCUCUCCUGCAGGCGGACAAGUCGGGUGUAGAGCUUGGGUUGAAGCCGCUGUUUCCGAUGCUAAUGGAAAGGGUCAAGAACGGUAGGACGCGGUGGUAA